AUGGCUCAAUCUACUCCAACAUUCGAAAAUCUCACUGUGACUACCUCUGAAAGUCAUCCCUCUGUCCAUAUUGUUACGAUGCACAAACCGCCAGAGAACAGACUCAAUGUUGCUUACGCCCAGACAAUAAUUCGCGCUCUGCGUCAUAUCGAGACUAAUCUUAUUCCCAAAGGCGAACCUGGUGCAGUGGUCAUCACCUCAUUCAGUGACAAAUUCUGGUGUACAGGUCUCGAGCUAGAUGAAUCUGACAACAACCCGUAUGCAAAUAGCGACGGCUUCUUCCCGCUUCUAGCGACGUUGGUUGACUAUCCGUUCCCUACUGUGGCCUGCAUAACAGGACACACGUUUGGUGGUGCAUGCCCAUACUCAUUGAGCUGUGACUAUCGUGUUAUGAAUUCAAAGCGUGGUUUCUACAGUAUGCCUCCUGUCGACCUCGGUCUGCAUUUUGAUGGCAUAGGUGCUUUGCCGAGACUGAAGCUUGGGCCUAAGAUUGCUCGCAAAAUGCUUCUCGAAGCCCACAGGUGGACUGGCAAGGAGGCUUAUGCUGAUGGUAUCGUGGACGCUAUUGCAGAACCUGAGAAGAUGCUAGAAGUAGCUGUCGCGCUUGCAGCUGAGCAGGCUCCAAGAGCCAAGAUGGGAGUUUAUGGAUUGCUAAGAACUGAGCUGUGGGGUGAAGCGCUCAAGAAAUUCAGGCGGAUCAGCUAUACUCACCGGAGACGAGAAGGGACUGAGCCAAAGGCGAAGAUAUGA